UCCGCCUUCCCCUCAUAAAACCAAGUCCUCCUCGUAACGUUCGCCAACUUUCCUCAGCAGAAGCCGUUCCUUCGCGAGGCCUCCUUUCGCGUCCCCUUCGUUAGGGUUUAGAGAAAGAGCAAUGGCGGAUUCCGAGCCCAGACCACAAACCGAGAACGUGGAGCACGACGAGAGGAGGAGGCUCAAGUACCUGGAUUUCGUCCAGAUGGCCGCGAUCUACAUGGUGAUCUGCUUCUCCACUCUCUACGAGUUCGCCAAGGAGAACUCCGGCCCGCUCAGGCCGGGUGUCCAGACCGUCGAGGCCACCGUCAAGACCGUCGUCGGCCCGCUCUUCGACCGGUUCCACCACGUUCCCUUCGAGAUCCUCCGCUUCGUCGACUCCAGGGUUGACGAGUACGUGCACGAGCUGGACAGCCUCGUGCCGUCGCUGGUGAAGCAAGCGUCGAGCCAGGCCCGAGCCGUGGCCUCGGAGGUGCGGCGCGCCGGCCUCGCGGGCGCCGCCCGGAGCGGGUGCAAGAGGCUGGAGCCGGCGGCGAGGGAGAUCUACGAGAAGUACGAGCCGGUGGCGGAGGAGUACGCGGUGGCCGCCUGGCGCCGCCUGAACCGGAUGCCGCUCUUCCCCCAGGUGGCGGAGAUGGCGGUGCCCACGGUGGCCUACUGGGCCGAGAAGUACAACCGGGCGGCGUGCUACGCGGCGGAGAGGGACUACCCGGCGUCGGGAUACCUGCCGAUGGUCCCGCUGGAGCGGAUCGCGAAGGUGUUCGACGAGGCGGAGCGUGGGCCGGGCGCCGCAGCCGCCGCGAACGGGGAGGUGGCGACGGCCGAAUAACCCCCUUUUUGGCUUUCCGUAGGGUCUCGCGUUUGCUUUCGAGGGUUCCGUUUGGUUCGAUUGUUAAGUCUUCCCUCCCGUCUCUUUAGUCUUUAGGCCGAUGAUGGGAAUCUUGUUAUCGGGUGAGACGUCGCCAAUUAGAUGAUGUUCGAUGUUUCCACUUGAUGGUCCAAUUCAUGUCAUCGAUGUUUGAUACGAUAUGACGACAUGACCCAAUGCGUGAUCACCGAGCUUUACUAACCCAAAUAUCUCUGAUCGCGCUGAAGGAUAAAUAUCUCCAUUUCGAUCAAGGUGAAUUCAAGUCAUAUAUUUUUCGACA